UAAUCCGCGCCGCCUCCGCCCCCGCGCGGCGCUGCGCUCCGCGGAGUCUCUGACCUUCCUCCUUCCCGCAGCCCCGGAGAGACGCGCGGCGGUCGCGCCAGCCUCCUCCUCUCCUCUCCUCCUCCCCCGGGAAGCCAUCCGGGCUUAAGGCUGGGCCGCCGCCGCCCGCUUUGCCGCUCGCCCUGCUGAUGGUGUCCGGUGCCCCGGCGCCCAGCCUGUGAGCAGCAAGCCUGUUAACUGCGGAUCCACGCCGGCCCGGCUCCUCACAGUUGCGCCAUGUCUGGCUCCUACGAUGAGGCCUCAGAGGAGAUCACGGAUAGCUUCUGGGAGGUGGGGAACUACAAGCGGACGGUGAAGCGCAUCGACGAUGGACACCGCCUGUGCAACGACCUCAUGAGCUGCGUGCAGGAGCGCGCCAAGAUCGAGAAGGCAUACGCGCAGCAGCUCACCGACUGGGCCAAGCGCUGGCGCCAGCUCAUCGAGAAAGGGCCGCAGUACGGCAGCCUGGAGCGCGCAUGGGCUGCCGUGAUGACGGAGGCUGACAAGGUCAGCGAGCUUCACCAGGAGGUGAGGAACAGCCUCCUGACCGAGGACCUGGAGAAGGUCAGGAACUGGCAGAAGGACGCCUACCACAAGCAGAUCAUGGGCGGCUUCAAGGAGACCAAGGAGGCCGAGGACGGCUUCCGAAAGGCCCAGAAACCCUGGGCUAAGAAGAUGAAGGAGCUAGAGGCAGCCAAGAAGGCCUAUCACUUGGCUUGUAAGGAGGAGAAGCUGGCCAUGACCCGGGAGAUGAACAGUAAGACGGAGCAGUCGGUCACCCCGGAACAGCAGAAGAAACUUGUGGACAAAGUGGACAAAUGCAGACAGGAUGUGCAAAAGACUCAGGAGAAGUAUGAGAAGGUUCUGGAAGACGUGGGCAAGACCACACCGCAGUACAUGGAGGCCAUGGAGCAGGUGUUCGAGCAGUGCCAGCAGCUGGAGGAGAAGCGGCUGGUCUUCCUGAAGGAAGUGCUGCUAGAUAUCAAACGGCAUCUCAACCUGGCAGAGAACAGCAGCUACAUCCAUGUCUACCGAGAACUGGAGCAGGCCAUCCGGGGGGCCGAUGCCCAGGAGGACCUCAGGUGGUUCCGCAGCACCAGUGGCCCCGGCAUGCCCAUGAACUGGCCGCAGUUCGAGGAGUGGAACCCAGACCUGCCACACCCCGCUGCCAAGAAGGAGAAACAGCCUAAGAAGGCAGAGGGGGCCACCCUAAGCAAUGCCACCGGGGCUGUGGAAUCCACAUCCCAGGCUGGGGACCGCGGCAGUGUUAGCAGCUAUGACCGAGGCCAACCGUAUGCCACCGAGUGGUCGGACGAUGAGAGUGGAAACCCCUUCGGGGGGAACGAGGCCAAUGGUGGCGCCAACCCAUUCGAGGACGAUGCCAAGGGAGUUCGUGUCCGGGCACUCUACGACUAUGACGGUCAAGAGCAGGAUGAGCUCAGCUUCAAGGCCGGAGACGAGCUCACCAAGCUCGGAGAGGAAGACGAGCAGGGUUGGUGCCGCGGGCGGCUGGACAGCGGGCAGCUGGGCCUCUAUCCUGCCAACUACGUUGAGGCUAUAUAGCUACCUUGCCCUCCCGACUCCGACUCCUCACAGUCCCUGUCCACCGCCUUCCACUCUUCCCCUCCCCUCGCCAUAGAGUUCCAGACAUA